UGUCAUCUGGCAUUCCCCACGGACACGUGCAACUUCACCCUGCUUCGGGGGGCUUCGCAUGCCUCAAUUUCUGGAAAGGGGAACUGAGGCACAAGGAGGGCAGUGACUGGGGCAGGCAAGUGGGUACUUGGGCACCUCAUAGCUCAGCACAGUGUGCCAGGGUCCCUUGAGUCUGUGUAGAUUUGACCCUGCUGUCGUCUCCUGAGGCUCCUCCACAGGGAGCCCCUUUCUCCCUGCUCUCGCCUCUGCCCCCGGAAGUGCAGAGGCCCAGGAGCUGCCUGCCGGCUGUUGCCACAACGGGAUUAGUUCAGGGAAGGAGUUGCUCACCUGCUCCUCCCCUCUGACUCAAGUCAUAACAAGUAACCUGGUUUCCCUGGCCAGGCAGCCUGGGAGGGAGGGGAGGCGGCAGGCGGUGGGACAAGAGGGACGGCCGUCAGCGUGUGGAGACCCGGAGCCAGGCUGGAAGGAGAGCACAGGAUGGUGUACCUGUGGCCUGGGACACCCUGAGGUGACAUGCGAGCCCCCUCGGCCCCCUGACCUGGGAGCAGGGUUUGUGCCCCCGACUCCCGGACCAACGCCCAGAAGCAGCUGGGGAAACUCCAGACCACCUACACGCCCCAGGCCAGGCCCAGGCUGGGAACGGUGUCGCUCCUCCCCGUGCUGUGCUCCCCCCUCCCAGAAAUCCGCCAUGGAGAGUAAGGAUGAGGUCAGCGAUGCUGACAGUGGCAUCAUCCUGCAGUCUGGCCCCGACAGCCCGGUCUCCCCGAUGAAGGAGCUGACCCACGCCGUGCGCAAGCAGCAGCGGGCCCUGGAGGAACGGCUGGAGGCCUGCCUGGAGGAGCUGAGGAGACUCUGCCUGCGGGAGGCGGAGCUGACAGGCACCUUGCCAGCAGAAUACCCCCUCAAACCAGGGGAAAAGGCCCCCAAGGUCCGCCGCAGGAUCGGAGCUAUCUACAAACUGGACGAGCGGGCCUUGCGCCGGGAGGACCCCCUGAGCAGCCUGGAGCAGGAGCUGGCCCUGCAGCUGCAGAUCACGGAGGCAGCCCGCCGGCUCUGCCGGGAGGAAAAUAUCAGCAGGCAAGUCCGCCGGCAGCGGAAGCACACCAUGCUGCAGGAGGAGAAAAAGCUGAGGGAGCUGGAGCGCUGCCUUGGAGAGCAGCGGCCCAACAGCACGCCCCCUCCCACUGCAGCUCUCCCAUUGGGCCAAGAGCUCAGUGCUUCCGAUGACAGUUCUCUGUCGGAUGGGCUGCUCCUGGAGGAAGAGGGAUCCCAAGUGCCAAAACCUCCCCCAGAGUCCCCAGCCCCGCCUUCCCGGCCUCUCGCACCCCAGAGCCUUGAGGGGCUGCAGCCGGCAGGACCUGAGACUGGGGGCCUGGAGCGAGCCCCAAUCCAGAACAGCCCCUGGAAGGAGACCAGCCUGGACCACCCCUACGAGAAGCCCAGGAAGUCUCCUUCUGAGCCCAGCAGCGAGUCCAGCCCAGCCACCACUCCGCAGGACGGGCCUAGCACCUCCAGCUCGUGGCUGCUGGAGCCCGUCUCCUGCCAGGUGGUUCCCAUCCGCGGGGUUUCUGGCCAGCGGCAGGGCCGUACCAGUGCCCCCACGACCCCGGACAUGCAGGGGAGGCGCGGGCAGUCGCAGUCUCUGAGGGUGGAUUCCUUCCGGGCCAGGCCGGAAGGCCGAGGUCGCAGCGCCUUUCCCCGCCGCCGUCCCACUCACUACACGGUGACAGUGCCCGACUCCUGCUUCCCCAUGACCAAGCCCCCGCUGCCCCACCCUGCCUACCACUCCUGCUCCGAAGACAGCGGCUCCGACAUCUCCAGCAUCUCCCACCCCACCUCUCCGGGCAGCAGCAGCCCUGACAUCUCCUUUCUGCGGCCUCUCUCCCCACCUGAGCCCCCUCGCCACCAUGGGUCCUGGGGCCCAACCGGCGGGAGAGAGCUGGCUGCCCACUACCCCAAGCUGCUGUUGCCCGCUGGGUAUUUCCCAGCAGGGCGGUACGUGAUGGUGGCUGAGGGCCCCCUGCCACCAGGCGAGUGGGAGCUGUGCCAUGCAACCCCGGGCCCUGCCUAUGGGGAGGAGGGGGCCUCCCUGCGCUACCAGCGGCUGGUGCCCGCUCAUGGCCGCAUUGUGCGGACACCCUCCCUGAAAGACAGCCCCGCGGGCCGGGGGCUCAGCAAGGCAGCUGUCUCCGAGGAGCUCAAGUGGUGGCACGAGCGGGCUCGCCUCCGCAGUGCCCGCCCCCACUCGCUGGACAGGCAAGGGGCCUUCCGGGUCAGGAGCCUGCCGCCAGGGAGAGAGGGCUUCGGGCGAGUCCUGGGGCCCCGGACACAGGUGUCCACGGUUUGUGUGCUCCGGAGAUCACCUGAGGGGGCCCCUGUGCAAGUCUUUGUACCUGAGAAUGGAGAGAUCAUCAGCCAGGUGUAACCCUGUGCUCCGACUGCCCCCACCCCGCUGCUGGAAAGACUGUGUCAUAGCGGGGUCAGGCUGAGACCUACCCCACCUUGGAGCAUCUCCCUUCAGCUCCCCACCCCCAUCGCGGGUCGAUGACCUGGAGCUGAGGGUUUUUUUUUGUUUUUGUUUUUUUACAGUUUUGUUUCAGAAGCCCUGGCCUGAACAUUUAUAAAUGUUUUGUCCUCAUGAUCACUGUAAAAUUGUAAUAUGAUUAUGCUUUGUCCCCCAGAUCCUGGCCUACUAGACUUGAGGCCUUGCCUGUCUGAGUGCAUGACACAUGGCAGGGGACACUGGGAGCAGAGGGCCCAGUCGGGGAUUCCUUAACCCUCUGUGUGCUCUGGUUCUAAGAACAGCCCCUGGCCCUCCUGUCCCACUAUUGCUGGAGGCUGGAAGUGGCAUGUAUCCAUGCACAUGAUUCCCCAUUGCCUGGGUUUCUAGGAAUCUGGGUACCGGAGGGAUUCACUCCCCAGCCUGGGCUUGGGGAGAAGCUCCUACCCCUUUUAUAAUGUGCUCUGUGAUGCACGCACCAUGUGGUAGGUAAAAGAUCAGCUUAUCCUGUGGAAUAUUGUCUUCCUGGACCCUGCUAUUCUCCUGACCCCAUAAAUCCCUUUAUGGGCCUCCGUCACUGUAUCCUCCCUGUGCCCGGUAGUCUCCCAGCAUCUACUCAGACUCCUGAGUCCUGAGGUUGAGGCUUCCCCAGGUUGGAGCAUCAGGGGGCUGGGCUGGGGGUGGCCUGUGGCGUUGGUUGGUGGAGAGCGACCCACCCUUUGACGCCUUCCCUAGGCAUGCGUGGGCUUGCAAUCCCCCCAAACAUCCUUUUGUCGUAGUGCUAAAAGCCAACAGGCCACCAUAAUAUCCUAUGAAUAUUUUUGGAAAAGUGCCACUUUUAUGUCAUGUUGUUGGGGGAAGGGGGAGGCACUGCUCCGUCUGUGCCCCUUCCAGCUAUGCUUCUGCUCUGAGUUGGUAGAUUUCUCUUAAAAGGGAAAGUCCUUAUUUAUACAAAUAUGGGAAUAUUCAUCCCCAAGCUCUGAAGAGAUGCUGAUUUUUCUGAGAGGACAUUAGUUAAUUGUCCCUGUUGCUGACACUGGGACAUGCCUGGAAACUGCCUAUGCUAAGACCCUCCAAUAGCCCUGGGCCUUCUUGCUGCUAGGUCAGACACUCAGGUAAGGAUCCUUUUUCAAAGAGAAAGAAGCUGAGUUCAGGUUAGGAGGGGGUAGGGAGAGCUGAGUUCUGAUUUUACUCAUUCAGAACCCUCUUUCCUCCAAGUUCACUGGAUUUGGACACACCAGGAAUACAAUUUUGGCACCAAGAGCUUUAAUGUACCCCAAAGAGGCACAGUUCUCCCAACUGGAGAGAAAGCACUGUAACUGAUUGUACAAGGGGGCCCACGGAAGGAUUGAGGUGGUCCAUCAGGAAUUUGGGGUGGGGGGUAGAGGAGCCCAAGGCAGGGCUUUCCUCACCAUAUUCUUACCACAUCUUGCAGCAAUCCUAGGUUUUUGAAUUGACCUUACUCCCCAAUUAUGUUCUCAUGCCCUAUUUUGGAUGCUGUUAUCUUCUGGUUUGUCUCUAAGCCCUUUUUCCCUGUGUACAGCCGCCCCCAUCCCUUGUGCCCUCCCCUGCUGCCUGGAGCUCCUUGGAUGAGCCAGGAAACAUCUCAGCACCACCCCCUUACACACUGAGGGCCCUUUAUAUUAACUUAUUGGUCUUAUAUAAUGCCUGGUGCAGUUGCAAAAGUGCUGUGUACUCAUCUGCAGGGCCAGAACUCCCUGGGUUUUAGUGCCAAAUACUUCAAUAAAGUCUGUUCUUUGUGA